AUGGGAUGUGCAGCGCAAGGCGGCAGGGGCAACACCCUCCUCCUGUCGUUCCCCGUCCUCAGGAAUGACGUCUGGCUCCUCCACGACGCGCCGCCGCCGCUGGCGACGCCAUGGAACCCCGUCCUCUCCAAGAGCCGCCUCUCACUGGCGGCCAUCAGCAACGCCUUCACAGAUUUCCGCGACUCGGGGCCGUCUAUCAGGACUCCCGAUGGCGUCGCCGCAUACGAGCCUGAGGAUAUCGACUUCCAUGACGGACGCGGCGGCGCGCGAGUGCUUAAGGAAGAUGCUCGUGUUGGCGCCGGUGCCCUGCUUCGUCCUCUUGCCCCUUUCACUUCCUCCCCGGCACCGGUAAAGUCACAAUCGCCAUCACCUGCCUCCCCUGCCUCAAACGUGGUAGUCACACUGCCGGCUAAAAGCUGUUGCAAUAGGGAGAAAAGUGAAGAUAUACAGACUGGCCAUGUCCGCAUACCCCAGUUGGUCAGUGUUGCUUUUCUUUCUUUGUAUCAGUGUGCUCUUUUAAUUUCGAUUGCAUGGAUCAAUCAUUCACCAGGCACUUGUAGCCUGCUGCAGGAUAGCGGCGCAUGGAUGGAGGCAGCUAUGUGGAGAUUCCGGAGGGGGUCCCAAGAGCUGAGGACCGAAUGCUACUUUUGAUGCCUACUGCUACAUCCGCUGAAGUUGCAGGAGGAAGUUUCUGCCGAGUUUCAUGAGUCUCCUCUCAUUACCAGAGAUGUUGUUCUCACCGAUUACUGUAUAUUGUGCCGUGCGGUCACAAUUUUGUUAGCUUGUGUGAAGCUGUUCUAGCCGAAUACUGAUGGGAAGUGGCUAUCCUUGAGUAGCUGCAUGGUGCUAUUGUUAUCUGUGAAUAUUUGGGAGCUAUCUUGGGUUGUUGUUCUUUUUCCGUAUCACGAAGGAUGACGGUGGGGUGGGAGGAAGAGGAGGCUGUGCCGGAGUAUGACGAGGAGGAAUUGACAAAGUUCAGUAUGUUGAAUAAAUACAAGCAUGAAGAUUGUGCGGCCACCUUGAGCUCGGCCUCCCUUCCUGGACUCUGGCAGCUCUGAUCCCGCUGCUGAGGUCGUGUGCUAUGCUUUCUUGCUGCUACACCGGUGACCCUGGCUUGCUUCUGUAGGUUGGGCAACAUCAGUAAUGGUAAUGAGCAAACUCUGAGAGUGUAUGCGUGUCACUUGUUUCAUCUCUUUUGUGCGUGAGUUUUUCCUGUCUCAUUUGUGUGAAGCUGCUUCACGCAUGUGGAAGUACAAGUCAAGGUUUCUACCUUAUCCAGAAAAUGGUCUCAAAAGGCAAUCAACUGUUCUUAUUACUUU